AUGUCUAUGGAUUCGGCUGCCGAACUUAAAUAUAGGAGAGAGGCUGCAGAGUUUAUUCAGGAAAUGGCUGAGCGGUUGAAUCACAACAUUCUCAACACAGAGGACAACUGGCAAAGCUGCAUUCGCUUCAACAAGACGACAAUGAUGUUUGCUUUUAUUUGGCUUGUAGAUGUGCAGAUUAUGAAGUAUCUGAGCCCAAUUGAUGACGACGAGCCUUUGGACAAUUUUUUGAUGUUGCUUUGGAUACAGCACAUGCUCCUGAAAACUAGGCUUGAAAGGUUAUUUAGUACUUUUAAGAAUUCUUUAAAAAAAUUUUUUUUUAACAUGUUUAACUGCGGAUGAACACGCUCUUUGGGUUGGCGUUCCUGGCGGGAACAGUCGAGCAUUGGCAGCUUUUGGCUGUGAAUAUUUGGAAGGGAAGGAAAACGUGAUUGAGACAUUGAAGUUAUUUUAUUUAUUUUUUUUAGUUGAAGGGGUUUUUGGGUGGAUUUCUGAAUAGUUUUGGGAUUUGAAAUUAUUGAUAUAAGUGAAUGUAUCGGUUUUUUCUUUUCGUUGUCCCAACAUCGUCUAAAUUCCUCGGGGUCAUACUCGUAUUCCCCCAAAGAACAUUUGACUCUUUGUUCUGUUUAUUUGUAACAGACUGUUUUCAUUGGAUUGGGCAGAGGGAGUAAGAGGGAAAAUUUGUGUAAUCCCCCCAAUCAAAAAUUCACGGAAAUAUUAAGCUUGAACUGAGGUCCAAAAUCACGCUAAAUUCUUUUUUCCCUUUCAGACGAACAAUUCCCAGCAACAAUAUCAACAGGAAAAGCAACGACAAGAUGGACAUUCAAUGGAUUACAAGAUAAGUGGUGCUUCUACAACAAUCUUUUUUGAAUUUUUUGGUGUUUAUCUUUUUUAAUUUAAAAUUUUUUGUUUUUUAUUUUUUGGGUUUUUAUUUUUGUUGUAUGAAAUGUUUUGGCUUUAUCUUAUUGUGUUUUAUAAUAACUUAUUAAUAACUUGGUGGGGACUCAACCGUCCUGACUUAACUGAGGCGUUCCUUAAUAAACAAUCC